UUGGGCUGUUGUGUUGGUUUUGCGCAUGGGAUGUGAGUGCCAUUCUGUUUCAGAUACCAAGCGGUAUUAGGAAGCGAUGGCUGAACUGAACUGGCACAACAAGAUACUGCGGUACCGUGGCGCGUUUCUGCACGAGGAUGACCUGGAGGGGCAGUCGCACGUGCACCGGCUGCUGUCGGGAGCAGAGCAUUGGGACGGCUCGGACAUCGAGGAGGGCAUGCCCAUGUAUGACGAACAGAUCGCAGAGGUGGGCCGGCAAUGGGACACCGUGCGAGAGGAGGAGCUGAGGCAGCAGAAGGAUGUCCAGGAUCUGAACCAGAAGGUGGCCGGCGUGCGCGAGGCGAAGCUGUGGGUGGCGAAGUUCAAGCGGCCGGUGCCGUACCCGCGCUAUUCGCACUGGUCGAAGACGCAACAGCGGUUUGUCGUGGACAUGAUGCUGCGCUACUGGGCCACUGGCGUUCCGACCAACCCGCCGCCGGCGGAGGCGCAAGACGUGCAGAAACUCGUGGGAUUCAUUGAGGAGAUGCGUCAGGAGCAAGAUGAGUUCUUCACAUUCACAAGGGAGGUGAACGCCACCCAACUGGGCCGCUACAACUUCACGCACGUCCCCAUCCGGCGCUAUGUGGAGAAGGCCAUGAGGACGAAGCUCCAGCGCGUCAGGGAGUACCCAGGCCACUACAGGCAGAUCGGCAUGCUGCCGCUGGCGCCACCUGCCGGCGAACCGCCGAACUUCAGUCAUCUGGGCGAGCCGCUAGAGUUGGGCGAGGUGCCCGUGUGUGUCAUACCCGACAUGACCUACUACACGGAUCUCAAAAAGCAGUGCGUGUUCUUGGAGCAGUUCUUCCCAUCUUCCCAAUGCUACCCGAAGACGCGAACCGAUGGAUGGAAGCCCCGGGAUGGUACUUUUCUGUACAAAGACCCAGUCAGCGCCGACCCCAACGUGACCCGCCUGGCCACGGCGCUCGACUUCGGCUUCGUGGCCACGCCGUCCGUGCUGAAGACGCUGCUAGACAACGGCGCGCCCUGGGAGCGUCAGUGGGACGUGCCCGUCACGGUGCGCGACGUGGCGUGCCGCCAGCCGGGCCGCACGCGUCGCCUGGUGCUCCUGGACAAGCCACUGCCGCCGCGCAGUCUCACCAACAUGGAGCGGAACGCGCGCGCGCACAAGCGCACCGUGCGCCUGCUGGUCUGCAAGCGGCGUCCGGACGGCCCGGUCGACUAUAGCAUCCAGCCGCAGCAGGACAGGAGGAGAUUUUGCAAACCCGGCAAGAAAUCUGCAAAGUCAAAGAAGAAGGGGAAAGGGAAGCAACAGUCCCAGCCGUCUCCAUCGCUGGAGGAGGAGGAGGAGGAAGAGGAGGAUGAGAGCGUCAGUUCGCCGGCCUGUCCGUCCCCCGAGUCGACGGCCGGUGUGCAGCCGGCCGACGCCGGCUCCUGCGAUGACAUGUCGGUCGACUCGGACGAUGAGCAGCUGCGCAUCGACUGCGAGGACCCGGAGCCGGAGCUGGAGCUGGAGCUGGAGCCAGAGCCGGAGACGGAGCUGGGCCGCCACCAGCUGCUGCUGCGCACGGCCACACACGGCAUGCGGGAUAACCCGCUGGUCGGCCUGAUCCGCUACACGGUGCACGCCAAGCCCGCCUACCAGCCCGGCUACGGCGUCGAGAAGAUGAGCCGGGCCGAGCUGAUCCGCCAGUGGCUGGACUGCCUGGUGCGGCCUGACAGCCGCGUGCUCCGAGUGCACUUGGAUCCUGUCAGCCUGAUUGUGAUCACUCCAGAGGAGAGGACCCUCAAACAGCUGACCGACGAGCUUAUCAAGUAUGACACGGGAUUUCGGCCACAGUACGGUCUUCAGGUGCUGGAGUCGCUGCUGCGGGAGCUGGGUGACCUCGAGCCAGGCCAGUACCUGCUGUCACACGACGCCCGCGCCGGCGCCUUCGCCCGGCUGGCUCGCGCCGACGCCGGCCCUGGCGGCACCGACUUGCACUCGAGCUUCUCGGACGCGCCGCGAGAGGUGCGGCUGUCGGCGCCUCCGAGCAUCAGCAUCGACCCGUCCGUGCUGACGCCGUACAACAUAACCUUCGGCCGCGUACCGGCCACUUUCGACUACGGCAUGCGUCCAGGCGUAGGUGAGGCGGGAUGGAAGGAGUACUGGGCAAAAAUGAAGGAGAGGGGAAAGACGAGGAAGAAGAAAAAGAAUCCAGGCUCCAUCUUCUCCACACCAGUGUUGACGGACGACCGCGGUGGCUAG